GGAAGUCCGGCUUGUCUCUAGUCUAGAGAAAUGGCUAUUCUCAUUCUUACAACAUUAGCAACAACUCUUGAUGUGUAGCAACUAAUGUGUUUCAAGGGCGGAUUUGUUCUAUCGAGACUCGUCGCUGCACUGUUUUGUGCUAUACAAUAACAUUAACUUAAAGGUUGCGUUUUAGUUGGUCUCUAAUUUAUAUGUAACGUUAGUCUUAGUUUUGCUGUUAGCUACCUAACGUUAGCUGCCAGCUCGCUAGCGCGUUAGCUGCCAAGCCGAGAGACCGAGCCAUCGGUCAUCUAGCUACUGUUAGAGUCUGUUAAUGAGAAAUAAAUAGGACCUCAUACCAAAAGAGAACUGUCGUUUUGUUUCAAUAGAAGUUAAUUGACCGGGUUAAUUGACCCGCUCCUAAAUGCCCGAACAAGGCCCUAGGAUGAAUGGGUUUUCUCUCGGCGAACUAUGCUGGCUGUUCUGUUGUCCGCCUUGUCCGAGUCGCAUCGCGGCCAAGCUAGCUUUCCUCCCACCGGAGCCCACGUACUCGGUGCACGCCGAUGCUAGCGGGGUAACUAGCUUACAUCUAACCGAACGGGCGGACUGGCAGUACUCUCAGCGAGAGCUCGAUGCAGUGGAAGUUUUUACCACCAGAAGCAGUCGGGGUAACCGGGUCGGGUGUAUGUUUGUGCGUUGCGCCCCGAACAGUCGUUACACGCUGCUGUUUUCCCACGGUAACGCCGUGGACCUUGGGCAGAUGUGCAGUUUUUACAUCGGCCUCGGCUCCAGGAUCAACUGCAACGUGUUCUCCUACGAUUACUCAGGCUACGGAGUCAGCACCGGCAAGCCCUCUGAGAAGAACCUGUAUGCGGACAUCGAGGCGGCCUGGCAGGUCCUGAGAAAUAAGUAUGGUGUACCACCUGAGAACAUCAUCCUGUACGGUCAGAGUAUCGGCACUGUGCCCACCAUUGACCUGGCUGCUCGCUAUGAAUGUGCUGCUGUCAUCCUCCACUCCCCACUCAUGUCAGGACUACGGGUGGCCUUCCCCGAUACACGCAAAACCUACUGCUUUGAUGCCUUCCCCAGUAUUGACAAGGUGUCCAAAGUGGCGUCCCCGGUGCUUGUGAUCCACGGCACGGAAGACGAGGUGAUCGACUUCUCCCACGGCCUGGCCAUGUACGAGCGCUGCCCCCGUGCCGUCGAGCCCCUGUGGGUGGAAGGAGCCGGCCACAACGACAUUGAACUGUACGCCCAGUACCUGGAGAGACUCAAGCAGUUCAUCUCCUUUGAGCUUCCCACCUCCUGAGGGGAGCUCAGCACUCACAGGCCAGGGUUCAUCUCAACACACUCAACACAAAAGCCGCCUCCUUAUCAUCUCCUAACUUCCUCUCUUAGCAUAGGGGCAGGCCUGGAGUCAGCUGAUCACUGUUCUGCCCUGUCCUCGGAGCCAUUUCAGGGUAGAAAUGUGUAGUGGACCGGAAGAGGAGGGGGGUUUAGAUUGUUGAGGUGCAGCCGAGAGUCAGUGGCCAUCACUGGCCAGGAGUGAAGCUUUGGCUUAACAUGUACUGUCCCCAAAAACCUGGCUGGUGCUUCUACACUAGGACACAGUUUGCCAAUGAGCCAAGGCCUAGGCAGCGUUUGCACUCACAGCUCAAUCUGGAUUCAUUUCUCAACUCCAGCUCACCUUCCCUUCCUCUACUCACUCCAUCUCCCUGAGCUUUUCUGUGCCAGUGUCUCUCACUAUCAACUUCUGUCACAUUUCCUCCUCCUUUUUCUCUGUUUCGCCCACAAUCCUUGCUUUUCUUUUGACCAAGUCUGCAAUGUUGAAGCUUGAUUUUUGUAUUCUUUUAUACCAGGUGAAGAAGUAUCAAUUUUGCACCUUGAGAUACACUUGAAGUUUUUUACUUUUUCUGUAUUUUUAAGUUACCAUUCAGGGGUUACAAACCAAUUGCACUUUUAAUGUGCAGAUAUUUUCAGGUAAUGAUUUUUUCUGUUUGGAUAUGUAUAUGUUGAUUAAGUUUAUCUGCAUUCCAUGUUUUUCUUAAUUGCAGGUAGAACUUUUUUCUGUGUGUGUGUGUGUGUGUGUGUGUGUGUGUGUGUGUGUGUGUGUGUGUUUAGAAGCUGUUAACCAGAGUGCACCCCUGCACAUCUGGCCUUUGUAGCUGUGAUCUUUCUAGUCCUCAUGCAUGCUACUCUCUCAUACAGGAAGACAAUAAUGCCAAACUUUAUUGCGAAAUCGUCCUUGAAUACUUUGGAGCCAGUGGUAAAUUCGGCAUACAGACAACACUUUCAUUACUUACAGAUUUUGCCUGUUCACAAUAAUUGUACAGAUGAUAUACUUUGAAAGGUUGCGGUAAAGAGCAAUGUGAACCUAAAGUGUUUAUUAAAAUACAUUGUGAUUAGGGGAACAUUUAUAUGCAAAAUCUAAUGCUGAAUUUACCAGAGGACCCAAACGAUUUGUAAAAUGCUUUAACAGGUCAUUGAGUAAACUGAUUUUAUUAACCUAUGUUGCAUACUAUAAAAAAACCCUGAAAAAAAAAAUAUUGCCCCAUAACCCACAGUCUAAUUAGCGUGGUCAUUUUGUGCACAUUGUGUAUGCAUCAAAAUUCUCACUUAUCGUUUCUGUAAAUAGUGUAUCACACCAGGUGUGUACCUUGUCACUAAGCAACACAGUAAUUAAUAUCCCCAAUGUUGGGUAAUACAGAAGCUUACCUCAGUAGAAGAGAGCAGCAGGUAUCUGGGCUAUACUUUAGUUAACUGGAGAUCAUAUGGUAAUAAUACUUGACAACUGAUUCAAAGAGAAACACAUUUGACUCAGUACUGUAAAGUGAAGCCAUGGAGCACGGUGCUGGAUCUACCUGUAGACAAAAGACACAGAACUGUGCUGUCGCUGGGUGUUAUUACUUCACACUACAAAUAAAGCCUUAUGUUCGUAAACAUUUCCCCCGGUCCUGUUGACUACAGCAGAGCUUUGGUGGUCUUCACGGGGACUGAUAACUGCUGCUAUUCAUCAGGGUGUUCAUCAGGGUUCAUAGGGGUGUCACGAUUCUCCAAAUUCAAGAUUCAAUUACAUUUUCUUAACCCCGUUUUGUUUUAUUUAGACUUUUUUUCCCAACAGAGACGGCAGCAGUGCCACAAUAAGAGCCACAGAAGGGUACUUUGCAACAACAGUUUAAGUUUCUCAGAGUUUAUGAGGUGUAAUUGAAUGCACCAUUAGUUUAACAGGGUGCACAUAAAUGACUCAUUGACUCCCGUCAGAGCCAGGCCCCGAGGAACAGUGCUCAGCCUUGCAGCCCCAAAAUAGAUUUUCCCUGAUAUGCCACCAUUGUAAAAGAGGAGUCUGUAAAUCUGCUGUCAGGACACCUGGAACUGCAAACAAGGUCGAUUAUGACUCUCUUUUCUGAAUUUUUAAUCCAUGGACUUUUUAUAUUUGAAAAACUUCCCUCUUACAAUGUAAAGUCUACGGGCCGGGCGGGGCUAGUGGGAGAAACACUACUGCACAUAUUCAGUGGCCGCCGAUCACAGAAGUAAACCCAGAAGCAUAGAAACUCUUUUGGCGUAUGAGCCAGGCGAGCAACUAUUAAACUGAAUAAGCAAUCCAGUAUCCAGUUAAUAUAAUACAUCCAUGGUCGGAGCCCACAUGCUUUACCUUCGUUGUUUGUUUCCAUAACUCCCUCAUGGGCAGCUGCAGGCAACCGCUAAGCUAACAUUACCCUGUGUCUUUAGCUGCAUGCUACCAGUCGCUAAGCUAACGUAACCCCAUGUAUUUAGCUGCAUGCUACCAGCAGCUAAGCUAACGUUACCCCGUGUCUUCAGCUGCAUGCCCUUAGCCGGUAAGCUAACGUUACUCUGUGUCUUUAGCUGCAUGCUACCAGCCGGUAAGCUACUGUGUAUUUAGCUGUAUGCUACCAGCUGGUAAGCUACAGUUUCUGUUGUUUUUUUGGAUUUGUGUGAGUAGGUAGGGGUGGAGAGAGAAAAAAAUCCCAGGGCAAUCGCCGAUCCUGCUUUUGAUUUCAAAAGUCGAAAUUUGAUCGAUUUUCGAUCUUGAAUCGAAAUCGUGACACCCCUAGUCAAUCACUGUGAAAGCCAGACAGUUUGGGGAAGACUGAAAUGACAGCAAGGUACUGAAACCAAAUUCAGCCUGACAACUCUCAUCCCCUUUUGUCAGCCAUGGGCUACUACCAACAGUUUUCUGCUGAGCCCUGUGAUAGUUUUGCUCUUAUCCCAGCUCAAACUCCAAAGACAAUCUGACAGAACCACGAUGGGGAAACGGAAUGCUGUGGAAUUAAGCAACGCAUGCAAAUCACCUCUCAUAGUUGUGGACAUUUUUUACUUGUAUCACUGUAUUUGAAUAAUUUGUUCUUUUCCCCCCUUGCAAAGUCAAACGCUAAAAACUGUAGUAAAACACUAAAAAAUAAGUUAAUCGCAUUUGGAUAAAACACAAAAAAAUGAAGUAAAUGCUGAACAUGUUUUCAGAGAAGGGUUGUGUUUGAGGGUUAUUUGCAUAGCAAAUUGUGAUGAUCGUAUGAUUAAUCCGUGUAUUGCUGUAAAGUGGUUUGUCAGUUGAGUAUUAGUGUUUUCUGAUGAUAGCUAAUGCCGGGUCGAUGUUUUUGGAUAAAGAUCCCUCGAUCAUCUCUAGUAUUUUUUCCUCUAGCUCCUCUUUUUAAAGGGAAUGAAGACCCUGCUUUAGUCUUGAUUAUUGUUUUGAUACUGACAUUUUUUACGAGGUUUUCCAAUCUAAAUGGUGAUACAUUUACACUGUCUCUGAGGCUGGUUUGUACGAUAAUCCUCUGUAAUGGUAUAUUCAAAUAUCUUCUCUAUAAAUAUGAGCUCUUACACAGGGCAAUCUAGUCUCAUUGCUUUUAACACUGGAAUCACAAUAUGCAAAUGAAAGGCAGAUGACGGUAGUAGAAUCAGAUUUUGGUAAUGUGUAAAGCAGAUUAAAUAAGCCUUAAACAUGCCGUGAAACAGAUUGUCAUACAUGUGAUAGUUGCAAGAAGGCAGCACAGUGGAUGUUUUAAUGAUUAUAAUGGAAUAAAGGAUGCAUGGAAGUGUC